CUAGUGGUCAGGGAGCGCUACGGCUUGUUUGCAUAUCCUGUUUGAGUCGGAAUGAUGAUGUCUGUGGAGCGAGGCGGCUAGCGCACUACUGGACAACACGGAAACUAAGAGCAGACGAAGGCUGAUAUCUCAUGAUGGAUGGGUUUGCAGGAGACUUGCUGAGCAGUGGCCGGGCUCUACUUGGCGAGGACAGCUCGGUGAUGGCUCGAAUGCAGAAGAAGUACUGGAAGACAAAGCAGGUUCUGAUCAAAGCCACAGGGAAGAAAGAGGACGAGUAUGUAGUAGCCUCAGACGCCGACCUGGACGCCAAACUCGAGUUCUUCCGUUCUGUUCAGACCACCUGCACAGAGCUUCUGAAGGUGAUCGAGAAGUACCAGCAAAGGAUUACACGUUUGUCCCAGGAGGAGAACGAGCUUGGCUUGUUCCUGCGCUUUCAGGCUGAACGUGAUCACAGCAAAGCUGGCAAUAUGAUGGAUGCUACCAGUAAGGCCCUGUGCAAUUCCGCGAAACAGAGAAUGGCACUUCGCCCACCGCUGUAUCGUUUGCACCAGGAAGUAGAGACAUUCCGACGUCGUGCGAUUGCAGAUACUCUCCUGACAGUUGGCCAUAUGGAGAAAGCUCGCACUGAAUAUCGAGGAGCCUUGCUCUGGAUGAAAAACAUCUCCCAAGAACUGGAUCCAGACACUUACAAACAGCUGGAGAAGUUCCGCAAGGUCCAGUCUCAGGUCAGAGGGACAAAGAGCCAGUUUGAGAAGCUUAAGAACGAUGUUUGUCAGAAGGUGGACAUGCUUGGAGCGAGUCGCUGCAACAUGCUUUCCCACUCCCUCUGCACAUAUCAAACGACUUUGCUGCAGUUCUGGGAGACGACAGCUCAUGCUAUGUCAGGAAUCCACGAGGCCUUCCAAGGACACGUACCGUACCAUUUCACAACCCUCAAGGACCUCAGUGACCAGCUGGAGCACAAGUCGGAGACACAGAAACAAGACAAGGAGAAUGUUCUACAGUGUAACACAGACAGUUUGGUGUCCUUGGAUGACCACAACCCAUCAGGAAGUGCUUCUGACGUGGACUUCACCCAUAGCAGUGAUGGGCAAACACUAGACAGUGUGGACCAAAAUGCACCCACUCCCACUGCAGCCCUGCAUGACCUAAGUGGACCGUCAGCUGCCUGUAAUGACGACCUCAUUCGCAUGGCCUGUGAUUUUCCAGCAGUCCCCACUAAUGUGCCACCCAAACCCCAGCUUUCCUCGCACAACUGGUACUUUGGAAACUUUGAGUCCAGCCUCCCACAGCUGCCUGCCAUCGGAGGGGGCGUGCUGUCAGGCAGUCUGUCCCUCCCUGCUGUGACUGGGCUGAGCCUGGAAGAGGAAAACGGUGAACGAGGGGACAUGGCUUUCCUCAAGGACCUUCUCAGUCCAGGUCCAGGAGGCGGUGAUGAGUUUAGUCGAGAGUGGCAGGAUGCUUUUGGGAUGUUCGACCCUCCCAGCGCCCCGCUUCCGAGUACAACAGCAUUGAGCAGUGCUGGUUCCCCCAACCCCGCGGGCUUCCUGCCCUCCCAGCUGCUGGACCACAGCCUGAGCUCCACAGGAUGGUCAACCCCACCUAUGUUUCAAGCUCCACCGCUGCAGCCUCCUUCUGACCACAGCCAAUCAGCACAGACUGCUCCAGGUUCGGCAGCUAGUGCUGCUGUGAGUGGGUCCAGAGACAUGUCAGCCUGGUUCAACCUGUUUGCAGACUUGGAUCCUCUUUCUAACCCGGAUGCCAUUGGACGCUCCGCGGAUGAGCUGCUCAAUGCCUGAAAGUUCUGAGUGCACGUGCAGCUGUGUGGAUUUCCUGUUGCCAACGGAAACAUGCACAUAUGCACUUUUGUAAGUUACACUGGAAUACAUCUAUUUUCCACUUUGGGGCAGGGGAGCUGCUGCACAGACAUCUGACACAGCCACAGUAACUGAUGGCACAAAUGAAGGCAUGACACCUGGCAGCGUUCGUUACCUUUCCACAGUUCCAGCUCCUGCUUGGGGAAUGUUAUGAACGGCGGUUUGUGUGUGGGGUUUUUUUCUCCCCAAUGUUUUUUUUCAUUGCUUUUUGGGUGUUGGAUUGUUGUUUAUAAAAGUCUCCAUUUAUUCCUUAAUGCUUAUGUGUAUUAACACAUGGCCUUAACAGAAAAUGACUGUUAUAUUAAUGUUGGACAGUUGCAUUAUGAUAAACAAGUUGAGCCAAAACAACAGCAGAAGCCCCCCCCCCCAAUAAAAAAGGGUGAGAAACAUACAAACAUGAUUGUGAAUGUUAACAGUAAAAAAAUAAAUAAAUGGGAUGACCCUCAGAGAUUAAGGUACGUGUAGACGAGUUGCACACUGAAGAUCACCUGGACUUUGUUGUGACGGAGACAUCAGAAAUGUUCUGACAAAUAUCAACACCAGUCACUCAGUCUUUGUCUAGAAAGACAUAAAGAUACCACGAGUACAGUAUUUUUGUAUUUUGCAUGUAUAUGCCAAAACUGUAUGAUUUCAUGAAGCGUUUAAAAAGUGUUGCUUAAUUAAUUAAUUAGUAGUAAUUUUUAGCCGGCGGUAACUUUGGUUGCCACCAGAGCUCUGCUUUGGAAAUGAAGGAAACUUCGACUACAUUCAUGCAAAAUCCUUUGUCGAGUAGUGUGGUUUUGUGUCCAUGCCAUUAUACAGUGUAACCAGAUUCAGGGUUGCAUAUUUAUUGAGUGGCUGGCUUGAGCCUGUUACCGCUGAAUUAUUUUUGAUUCAGUGUGCAACUUAAAUCAGAGAGCUUUUCGAGGUUUGGUGUGUGAUUAUAUUUUCGCUGUCAAACUGAUUUUGGUUGGUGUUGAUGCGUUUUAAAUGUACUCAUGUUUGAGAGGCUGAAAAAUUAACCUCAUCCAGAUUCAUAACAUCCACAGUCCUGUUUUGUAUGCUUCUGGCCCGUGGAUUAAAACAUAGAAUCUUAGACACCACAAGUGAAAGAAGUUGAUUGUGCUCAGUGUCUCGCACACAGCCGCCGUCCUCCAUGGAGGAAUGAUAGGUUCAAACACCACCUUUCAGCUGUAAAUCAUCGAAACUGUGGAAAAAGAUGUCUCACACUACAGCUGAACUUUGUGCCAGAUGACAAAAUAAGUUUGAAAUCUCUUAUGUAACACUCAGAUGUCCAAAAGGCACAUGUGAAGUUGUUUUCACUUGAAGUUAGAAAGUGGGACAAGCUGCUGUGAUUAUUUUUGAUUCUUUGAGCUCUACAAACAGCAAUGCUUCUUCUAUGUGUAUUUAGUUUGACAUUGUAUUGCUGCAAAAACAUGUUUUCAUUGAGCAGUGAGACUAAAUUUAUUACUGUUGAUAGUGUAAAAUGAGUGUUUUUUAAGCUCUGUGUGUUAUAUAUAUUUUUGGGGAUAUUUCUGGAAAAAAGCACCACUGAAAAUCUGUUACUAGUUAAUACAUUCAUUGAAAGAAAUUCACUUCCUCUUUCUGAUUUUGACAGGACCAAGACUGACCAUUUUGAAUGUUUCAAUGUUUUUGUUCAGUGAACAGUGACAUAGUGAAGAUACAGAUAAUGUUUUGUUUUUUUUCCCAUUAUUUGCGCUGACCUGGUCACACCGCCUACACACGCCAGCUGAAACCAAAACCUGUUACAAGGUUUGUGACUGUAAUUGCACUAACGAGGUCAGAGUGCAUUAUGGGAUCGCAAAACACUUUUUUUUAUGCAAGUUGAACGUGAACAUCAUCUUUUGAUGAAAUGUACACCUGUUACUUUUUUAAUCACCUGCAGCUUCAUGACGUGUCACUUCAUCAUUAAUUUACACAGUUAAAUAAAAAAAGGAAUGUACUUCAUGUCAAACACAAAUGCUUUAUUUUAUUCAACUACGCCUUUUAUUUCACUCAUGGGACUUCGUGUGAAAGGAUGAAAUGUUGGCAGUUCUGUUUCCAAUAAACUGGACGAGCAAACAAA